GGGGCGCAGCACCGCGACGCCGCCACGCUCGACUCGACGCUGAUUGGUCCGCCUCAAGGUUGACGGCGACCAAUCGGCACCGAGGCUCCUGCGGAGCUCUGACCAACGGUAGCGCUCGGGCGCGGCUGCUCGCCAAUAGGCUGCGGAAGCGUCUCUUUUAUCCCCGCCCCCCGCGGAGAAGGCGAACCAACGAGGCGAAGCGGAAGGCGGGACUUCGAGGCUCGCCCACCAAUCGGCGGAGGGGGGCGGAGCAGAGUGGGGAGCGUCGGAGGCCCGGACGGACGGCGGAGCGCCGCGCAGCCGUUUCCCCAUUCCGGCCCUUUGCCCGUCUCUCUGUGGCCACAAUGAACGUCUUUGACCGCAGCAUCAACUUGGACGCCCUCUUCAAGUUCUCCCACAUCUCCGCCUCCACCCAGGAGCACCUGAAGCGCGUCUAUGGCAGCUUUGCUCUCUGCAUGCUGCUGGCGGCCCUGGGGGCCUACGUCAAUGUGGCCACCCAGCUGUUCCAG